AUGGUGGGCAGUCCAGGGCCCCGAGUGUCAGCGGGGGACGCCUGGAGCAGGAGCAUGCACCCCGACAUAGAGAGCGAGAGGCACUCGCCAUCCUUCAAUGUGGAGGAGCUCACCAACAUCCUUGAUGGAGGUGCCCAGAACACCGCACUCCGGAGGAAAGUGGAAAGCAUCAUCCACGGUGAACCAGAGCUCAGCCUGAAGGAUAAUUAUUUCAUGACCCAGAAUGAACGUUACGAAGCCGCCGUUAAGAAGAAAUUCCACAUCCUCAUGCUAGCACAGCGCCUGGGCUGGUAUCACGGCAGUCGUGAAUUACAAUACGCUUCCAGAAGUGUUUCUGGAGAUCUGGGCUUCGGCAUACACUACAUCUUCCAGCAAAGCAUCAGGAACCUGGGCUCAGAGGAGCAGAUUGCAAAGUGGGACCCACUCUGCAGCAAGUUCCAGAUCCUGGGGACAUACGCCCAGACGGAGAUGGGGCACGGGACGUAUCUUCAGGGCCUGGAGACUGAAGCCACCUACGACGCAGCCACCCAGGAGUUUGUGGUGCAUAGCCCCACGAUGACGGCCAUCAAAUGGUGGCCUGGGGACCUGGGACGGUCAGCCACCCACGCCCUGGUCCAGGCCCAGCUGAUCUGCUCUGGAGCCCGGCAGGGCAUGCACGCCUUUAUCGUCCCCAUCCGGAGCCUCGACGACCACAGUCCGCUGCCAGGGAUCACCACUGGGGACAUUGGGCCCAAGAUGGACUUUGAACACGUGGAUAAUGGCUUCCUCAAACUGAACCACGUGCGCAUCCCCAGGGAGAACAUGCUGAAUCGCUUCGCAAAGGUCCUGCCAGAUGGCACCUACAUCAAGCUGGGAGUACCGAAGAGCAACUACUUCAGCAUGGUGGCGACGCGUGUGGAGAUUCUGCUGGGCGAGGUCCUCCCGCUGCUGCAGAAGGCCUGCGUCAUUGCCAUCCGCUACUCCGUCAUUCGCCACCAAUCCCGCCUCCGGCCCAGCGACCCAGAGGCGAAGGUCCUAGACUACCAGACGCAGCAGCAGAAACUCUUUCCUCCGCUGGCCAUGGCCUAUGCGUUCCAUUUUGUGGGCAACCACCUCCUGGAGUUCUUCCACCACUCCAAGAACUUCAUUCUGAACAGAGACUUCACACACCUGCCUGAGCUUCACGCGCUGAGCGCAGGUCUGAAGGCCAUGCUGUCGGACUUCUGCAUCCAGGCGGUCGAGCAGUGCCGCAGGGCCUGCGGAGGACACGGCUACUCGAAGCUGAGUGGCCUGCCCUCUCUGCUCACCAGAGUGACAGCCUCCUGUACUUAUGAGGGCGAGAACACGGUGCUCUACCUGCAGACGGCCAGGUUUCUGAUAAAGAGCUACCUGAACACUCAGAAGUCCCCAGGCUCCGCAUUGAAGGGGUCACUCCCUCAGUCUGUCGCAUACCUGCCUGCACCUGACCUGGCCAGGUGUCCGGCCCAAACAGCAGAUGACUUCCUCCGCCCCGAGCUCUACACCAUGGCCUGGGCACACGUGGCGGUCAGGCUAAUAAAGGACUCGGUGCAUCACUUACAGACAUUGAGGCAAGCCGGGGCCGACGAGCACGAUGCGUGGAACCAGACCACUGUCAUCCACAUCCAGGCCACCAAGGCGCACCUCCACUAUUUCACUGUGAAAAUUUUCACGGAAGCUCUGGAGAAACUGGAAAGCCAGCCAGCGAUUCAGCAGGUGCUCAGACGCCUCUGUGACCUCUAUGCCCUACAUGGCAUCCUGACUAACGCGGGCGACUUCCUCCAUGAUGGCUUCCUGUCUGGUGCCCAAAUAGACAUGGCGAGAAAAGCCUACCUGGACCUGCUCCCCCUCAUCCGGAAGGAUGCCAUCUUGUUAACUGAUGCUUUUGACUUCCCGGAUCAGUGCUUAAAUUCAGCGCUUGGCUGUUAUGAUGGACACGCCUAUGAACGUCUGUUCCAGUGGGCUCAGAGGUCACCCACCAAUACUGAGGGGAACCCUGCCUAUGAGAAAUAUAUAAGACCACUAUUACAAGGCCAGAGAGCCAGGCUCUGA